GUAACAUGGGCGGGCCGGGCACGUGGGCGCCUCCGUCACACCCUCACACAUACACACGCGCGCGCGCACACACACACAUACGCAUGUACCCGCGCACCCGCACCCGCGCGCCUGUAUCCCGUGCUGUUUCCCUGGCAGACACACAGGCGCUCACGAGUCUCUCCUUGCCAGCCUGCAGGGCAGCGACCCCCAAAACCCAGCUCCGGGUCCCAACCUAGGCAGGAAGCUGCUUCUCUGCAAACAGCUCCUCUUCGGCCUCCGUCGCAGCCACCUGGACCCUACCCUUUCGCGACUGCUGCUGUUCCUGCCGGGACGUGGAAGCAGCAAGAGGCGCUUGGUCAAGACACACUGACGGUACCUACAGAAUACUGGACAUACGGAUUCAGAAACCAGAAGGCUUUAUCACCUUGAAUCAAGGAUUUAUUUGAUAUCAUCCUCGGUCUUUACUUCCUAUCAAGUAACAUUGUUUUGAAAAACAGAAUUAACACAUUUGUCAUAAGGGAGUUUUUUUUUUUUUUUAAAUACUUCCCUUACUCUCCAAUGCCCAAAAAUAGCAAGGUGGUAAAAAGAGAAUUAGAUGAUGAUGUUACUGAGUCUGUCAAAGACCUUCUUUCCAAUGAAGACUCAGCUGAUGAUGCUUUUAAGACAAGUGAACUAAUUGUUGAUGGCCAAGAAGAGAAAGAUAUAGAUGUUGAAGAAGGAUCUGAAGUCGAAGAUGAAAGACCAGCUUGGAACAGUAAACUACAAUACAUCCUGGCCCAAGUUGGGUUUUCUGUAGGUUUAGGAAAUGUGUGGCGAUUUCCAUACCUAUGUCAGAAGAAUGGGGGCGGUGCAUAUCUUUUACCAUAUUUGAUACUACUUAUGGUAAUAGGUAUUCCCCUUUUUUUCCUGGAACUCUCUGUGGGUCAAAGAAUUCGGCGAGGCAGCAUUGGUGUAUGGAAUUACAUAAGCCCUAAACUGGGCGGGAUUGGAUUUGCAAGUUGUGUAGUGUGCUAUUUUGUGGCUCUCUACUACAACGUCAUCAUUGGCUGGAGUUUGUUUUAUUUUUCUCAGUCGUUUCAGCAACCCCUGCCUUGGGAUCAGUGUCCUUUGGUGAAAAAUGCUUCACAUACUUUUGUAGAACCAGAAUGUGAGCAAAGUUCUGCCACCACCUAUUACUGGUACAGGGAAGCACUGAAUAUUUCAAGUUCCAUUUCUGAAAGUGGGGGCUUAAACUGGAAGAUGACCAUCUGCUUGUUGGCUGCCUGGGUCAUGGUUUGCUUAGCUAUGAUCAAAGGCAUUCAGUCUUCUGGAAAAAUCAUAUAUUUUAGUUCUCUGUUUCCAUAUGUGGUACUUAUAUGCUUCCUCAUCAGAGCAUUCCUUUUAAAUGGUUCAAUUGAUGGCAUUCGCCACAUGUUUACCCCUAAGCUUGAAAUAAUGCUGGAGCCCAAGGUCUGGAGAGAAGCUGCUACUCAAGUGUUCUUUGCCUUAGGUCUGGGAUUUGGUGGUGUCAUUGCCUUUUCAAGCUACAACAAGAGAGACAACAACUGCCACUUCGAUGCUGUCCUGGUGUCCUUCAUCAAUUUUUUCACUUCUGUCCUGGCAACAUUGGUGGUGUUUGCAGUUCUGGGCUUCAAAGCAAAUGUCAUAAAUGAGAAAUGCAUUACACAAAAUUCAGAGACGAUCAUGAAAUUUUUGAAAAUGGGGAACAUUAGUCAGGAUAUUAUUCCCCAUCAUAUCAACCUUUCAGCUGUUACUGCAGAAGAUUAUCAUUUAGUUUAUGACAUCAUUCAAAAAGUGAAAGAAGAAGAGUUUCCUGCUCUUCAUCUCAAUUCCUGUAAAAUUGAAGAAGAGCUAAAUAAAGCUGUUCAGGGGACUGGCCUAGCUUUUAUUGCCUUUACAGAAGCGAUGACACAUUUUCCUGCAUCUCCCUUCUGGUCAGUGAUGUUUUUCCUCAUGCUGGUCAAUCUAGGCCUUGGCAGUAUGUUUGGAACCAUUGAAGGGAUUGUCACGCCUAUUGUGGACACUUUCAAAGUGAGGAAAGAAAUUCUUACUGUUAUCUGUUGUCUUCUGGCAUUUUGUAUUGGCCUGAUAUUUGUGCAACGCUCUGGAAAUUACUUUGUUACAAUGUUUGAUGAUUAUUCUGCUACGCUGCCUCUGCUAAUUGUAGUCAUUUUGGAGAAUAUUGCUGUAUGCUUUGUUUAUGGCAUAGAUAAGUUUAUGGAGGACCUAAAAGAUAUGCUGGGCUUUGCUCCCAGCAGAUAUUACUACUAUAUGUGGAAAUAUAUUUCUCCUCUAAUGCUAUUAUCAUUGCUAAUAGCUAGUGUUGUGAAUAUGGGAUUAAGUCCUCCUGGAUAUAAUGCAUGGAUUGAAGAUAAGGCAUCUGAAGAAUUUCUGAGCUAUCCAACAUGGGGACUGGUUGUUUGUGUCUCUCUGGUUGUCUUUGCAAUACUCCCGGUCCCUGUAGUCUUCAUUGUUCGUCGCUUCAACCUUAUAGAUGAUAGUUCUGGUAAUUUAGCAUCUGUGACCUAUAAGAGAGGAAGGGUCCUGAAAGAGCCUGUGAACUUAGAGGGCGAUGAUACAAGCCUCAUUCACGGAAAAAUAUCAAGCGAGAUGCCAUCUCCAAAUUUUGGUAAAAAUAUUUAUCGAAAACAGAGUGGAUCCCCAACUCUGGAUACUGCUCCCAAUGGACGGUACGGAAUAGGGUACUUGAUGGCAGAUAUUAUGCCAGAUAUGCCAGAAUCUGAUUUGUAGCUGGGGGAAAAGUCAGCGGGUUUUAUUUGGUUCAUUUUUACCAAUGAACAUUGGCCCUACUAAGAGAAGCAUUAGGCUUCACUUAUCAGAGGGCGAUCUCAGGUGUUCCGUGGCUGUGAUCUUUAAUCCUAACAGUAUAUGUCAGUUCAACUUGAGCAUUCUUUUGGAUUCUUUGGUUUACAUUUGUGGAGAAAGGAUUGCAGACAAAUCUUAGGAGAGCUGAGGUACAUGUUUGCCAGGAAAUUUUUUUUAAGUACCUUUGGUGUAUUUUCAAGUAUUUCUCUUAAAAAAAAAUGGUAUUACCUCAGCUUCUAAUGAUUUCUGGGUUUAGUAGUGUUGGCAAUUAAAAAUGGUAUACCUUAAAAUUUAUAAGUUUGCCUUCAGGGUAACUUCCAGUAUCACAAUGAGCAGUUCUGUAAGUGGGUGCCUCUCAGCACAUUUCCAUGAAUAUAUUAUGUAGAUAGGCUGUAUUGAUUUUGGUAGCAUUGAUACCUUCUUAGGCAAUUAGUUGAAGAAAACUGCAAAAUAUUUUCUUAUGUAAUAGCUGUAUAGAGCAAUAGCAUCAAAGCAUAAGAAGGCACUAAUGCUGGGAUGAAAGAUGAGAUUCAGAGGUGACUGAGAAUCAUGUGAGUGAUGGCUGUAUAUUUUGUGUAAAAUAUAUGUGUGAAAAUGAACUAAGAGUGAGUUACUCAGCACUCUCAAGAAUUAUGCAGAUUCUGCAUUUUUCUUAUGCCCUGUGCCUAAAAACCUACUUGAUAUUUAUUGUGGUUUCAAGAUUAUUCAUAGUAUAUUUAUACAAUAUACUUGCAAUGCAUUUAAGUACUUAAAGUACUAAUUUGAAAACUUGAAGCAAGAUGGCAUUUUAAUUAAUAUAUUUCUGUUUUGCUUCUGUUUUAUGCAAAUAUAAAUCAUUUUUAAGUGUUUGUUAAAAUUGUAAUGCAUUACAUUUUAAUCUACAAAUAAACGAAGUUUAAAAAUGAUGUUUGUUUUUCACAUUGAUUUUCUUUGUAUCACCUAAACUGGAUUGUCUUUCAUUUCAGUCAGCACUUAGGCAUUCAUAAUAACUAAACAUCACAUUCCAAGUGGGAUUAAUUACAUUAAUUGAAUAGAGUUACCACCACUUCAGAGACAAAGGAAAAAUAGAGUAUUACGGUUCAAUGGUGUUCUUAUGUAGUCUUACGAUUCUUAAAAAAUUACUUAUAGCCUCCCAAGAAACCAUGUGUACAAUUGACUGCUUGCUGAGUCAAUAUUGUCUGUAAAGUAUAAAAGACUAUGAUUUUUAAACAAAACUGUUGUAUAUAUGAAAUUGGAUAGAGCAGAGGAACCUCACUGAGUGCCCUCUAGUUAAAAAUUUUUCAUUUAUCCUACCACCAGAUCAGUUACAUUUUUAAAACAAUGAUGGAUAUAGCAGCAAAACAGGUGAGGUAUUACACAUGCCGUAUCUAUUGAUUUAUUUCAGCCAGUAUUCUUGCUCUGCUGUAGAUAGAUGUUAAUAAACAGUAUCACAGCAUUUAAAAUAUUAAUUCCACUGGUGUAUAAUUUUUAGUCUUUUAAAAUAUAUUCAUGAAUACUAUGUUUUGUAUCCCUUUAAAAAUGUUUAAUAUUUAUAAAUAGGCAGUAUAUACACAUUAUACAAAACUAAAAAAUUAUGACAAUUCAAUGUGAAGUAAGUUCUCAUCCAACAUUUCUCCUGGCCAUCCAUUGUCCAUCUUUAAAGGCAAUCACCAUUGCCAGUUUCUUCUGUAUCCUUCUGGAAAUACAAUAUAUUGCAUAAAUGACAGCAUUCUAUGUUCUCUCUUCAAUAUCUUACUUAUUUCUGUGAAUAAUUUAUUUUGGACAGCAUUUUAUGUAUGAAUACUCACAAAUGUGCUUCAUUAUUUCAGAGGCUGAAGUAAUAAAAAUUUUGUUUA